GAUUUAUGUUUUGUUGUUCAGUUGAAAGGUUUGGAGUGGAUGGUAUCGUUGUACAAUAAUAAUCUGAACGGGAUAUUGGCCGAUGAGAUGGGAUUGGGUAAAACGAUUCAAACAGUUGCGUUAAUAACGUAUUUGAUGGAGAUCAAGAAACUGAACGGACCGUAUCUGAUUAUCGUUCCUCUGUCGUUAGUUUUAUCAGUUUGUUUGCGAUUUUUGAGGGUAACAAUUUCAAACUGGAGUUUGGAACUGGAGAAAUGGGCACCAUCAAUUGUGAAAGUCGUUUAUAAGGGCAAUAAAGAUGCGAGAAAAAGAUUGGAGGCAGUGAUAAAACGAAAUGCAUUCAAUGUGCUGUUGACCACAUAUGAUUAUGUGCUGAAAGAGAAGGGUUUACUGGGAAAGAUUCGUUGGAAGUAUAUGAUAAUUGAUGAGGGUCAUCGUAUGAAGAAUCACAAUUGUAAGUUAACGCUCGUGCUGAACGGUUAUUUCACGGCACAACAUCGACUUCUAUUAACCGGAACGCCACUUCAAAAUAAAUUACCAGAACUCUGGGCACUGCUCAACUUCUUGCUACCGUCCAUUUUCAGUUCAUGUGGUACUUUCGAGCAAUGGUUCAAUGCACCGUUUGCGACAACUGGUGAAAAGGUCGAAUUGAAUCAAGAAGAAACGAUGCUUAUCAUUAGACGACUGCAUAAGGUAAUUAGAUAUGUUGUCGUGUUUGGUUAUUUGAUUGUCUUUCUACUUUUGUGA